CCUGGUGGGAUUGAGCUAAACACCCCCCGAAAUGGCAUGGUGUUGAAUGUUGAUUGAUUAAGUUCAACGUCGGACUUGGCGUAGGGUUUAGGUGCAUCGGAGCUGAGUGGAAGGGAAAAGCUGGAAGAAAGAUGGGAUCAGAAAAUCGGAGGCCGGAAAUGAGGAAGGACAACGUGAACAACCGGUGGGUGAUAUUCUCUCCGGCGAGAUCCCGCCGUCCCUCCGAUUUCAAAUCCAAAUCCAACAACAACAACAACAACCAAUUAGAAUGCCCCUUUUGCUUGGGUCACGAGCACGAGUGUGCGCCCGAAAUCUUCCGAUUCCCGCCCGAUUCAACCUCCGAUUGGAGAAUCCGGGUCAUCCAAAACCUUUAUCCUGCUCUCAGCAGGGACAUUGAUCCUUCUUCCCUUCAAAACCCUAAUCCUAGCCCCAUUUCCGGCGGCGUCGCCCUCAGUGGGUUUGGCUUUCACGACGUUGUGAUCGAGUCCCCGGUUCACUCGGUUCACUUGUCCGAUCUCGACCCGGUCGAUGUCGGGGUUGUCUUGCUGGCUUACAAGAAGAGAAUUCAACAGCUUCUAUCUCACGACUCCAUCAAAUACGUUCAGGUGUUUAAAAACCAUGGUGCCUCUGCUGGGGCAUCAAUGAGUCAUUCACACAGUCAGAUAAUGGCACUUCCUGUUGUUCCUCCAUCGGCUUCUGUCCGCCUUGACUGUAUGAAGGCAUAUUUUGAUCAGACAAGGAAGUGUAGUAUUUGUGAGGCUCGGUCAGACGACCUUAUAAUUGACAAAUCAACCCAUUUCAUUUCGAUAGUCCCUUUUGCUGCUACAUUUCCUUUUGAGAUAUGGAUUAUUCCCUUGGAUCAUUCCUCUCAUUUCCAUAAAAUAGACAACCAGAAGUGUAGGACUCAGAUAGGUAUGGGUUUUACGCCAUUCAGAAAUGUAUUUCUUUUGAGGCCAAGAUUAUGCUGAAUAUUGUCUUGAAGGAAAGUAAAGUUGCUAGAAAGAUCAAGAAACAAGUAUUGUUGAUAAUUAAAGCAGCUCUAAUGCUGCUAAACACAACGUGAGGAAGGGGUGGAGAGAGCAUUUGACUCCAUAUGAUGGGAGCAUCAUGAACAAUUGUUUUUUGAAGUUUGUAAUUUUAAGGGUAAAUUUCACCCAGACCCUCUAUGGUUAGGGUCAUUCUGCAGACACCCGAUGGUAUAGUUUUAGUAUUUUGUCUAUGAUUUGUAUAUUUUUCUUAAACCACAUUUUGCAAGAUACACAUUUUUUACUAAUAGAAGGGUGUUGUUUUGACCCAAAAAUGAAAAAAAAAAAAAAAAAAACUUAGGGACCUAAAAUACUAAAAAUAAACCGCAAGGGAUCUGCCAAAAAUGGCUCAAACCACAGAGAAUUAGGAUGGAAUAUAUCUUAAUUAUAAUUGAUACAUGUAAAUAUUGAAUUCAGAUGUUGAUUAUGCUGAAAGGGCAGCUUUUUGAUUGAGUGGUACUAAAAAUAUUUGUAAUAAAGUUGAUGAAUUCAGCUGCUGUUUACAUAUCCACCAGUAUAUUAUUCAUGUUUUGUUGGUAUAAUGUUAUCUUGAUAGGUAUUUAACGAGUCUAACCUAGGGAUGACAAUGGGUCUCCCAGUGGGUCCCCAACUACCCAUUUACAAUUAAGACAAGUAUAAGAAUUGAGAUAUAGGCAUAGGGUUUAUUAGAAAUUUUGUUUAAACAAGUAUGCAAAUGGGUAAAUGAGCAACCCAUUGGCAUCCCUAGUCUAACCUAACUUUCUUGUAUUUCAGAAUAUUGGGUUAGAGGAGAAGAUGGCCUAUCAAAGAAAGUUUUUUCCCUUUUUCUUUUAAUCAUAUUGAUGGUAUUUAUGAGGAACAGUGCUGAAAAGAGAAACGCCCUAGAUUUGACCUUGUGAAGAAAACAUUCUUAUUGGGAUAAAGUUAUGAGUGAAAGUUUUCACUAAAUUCUGCUGGAUUGAUGGAUAUAGGAUCAGUAGUUCCAAUUUAUAUCCGAGCAUAAAUUUCAUGGAUUUGAAUUAUUGUCCUUAUUUUAGUUCCUCCUAAAUUUUAUCUAUAAAGACAAGUCUCUCCAGCAAGUAUACAUAAUGAAUUGGUACCUGCAUGCUUUUGAUUCAUAUGCUGAUAACAAUAGAACCCUAAUGUAAUUUACUUCAGGCAGAUGGAUUUUCAUCAGCCAUACAGAAUGUAUUAGUGUGGGAUACUGAUAUCACACCUUAUGAAUAGUAAAAAAAAUAAGCAUCCUUAUUGACAUAAAAACCCAAAGGGAAAUAAAUAGAUUCAGUUGGAACAACCUGCAGUUUAGUCAGACGACAAUAGGAUUGUAAAAACGAAUCAAACUACUUGAGUUCAACUUGAGCAAAUGUUUACCUGACUCCAAUUUGUUUUCUAAAUAAAUCAAGCUUGAGUACAUUUUAAAGUUAGUAUUUUAGUUUUGCUCCGUAACCUUUGAACUAGGAACUAAGUGGAGUUCA